CAGACCGCUCCACCAUGAUCGUGCUCAUACCCAGCGCCUAUGAGUGGUUUGAGGAGUGGCAAGCGGAGCUGAAGGGAAAGCGGGGCAGUGACUAUGAGACCUUCAAAAGCUCAUUUGUGGAAGCCUCUAUGUCAACAGUCAUGAAACUGUUCCCACAGCUGGAGGGGAAGGUGGACAAUGUGACUGCAGGAUCUCCACUCACCAACCGGUUCUAUCUGGCUGCUCCCCGAGGUGCCUGCUACGGGGCUGACCAUGACCUGGGCCGCCUGCACCCUCGUGUGAUGGCCUCCUUGAGGGCCCAGAGCCCCAUCCCCAACCUCUACCUGACAGGCCAGGAUAUCUUCAUCUGUGGGCUGCUUGGGGCUCUGCAAGGUGCCCUGCUGUGCAGCAGCACCAUCCUGAAGCGGAAUUUGUACUCAGACCUUAAGGAUCUUGGCUCUAGGAUCCGGGAACAGAAGAAGAAGAAUUAGUUCCAUCAGGGAGGAGUCAGAGGAAUUUGCCCAAUGGCCCAAGGGGCAUCUCCCUUGACUUACCCACAAUGUCUGCAUUAAAUCCUUGCACACACAAA